UUUGUCAUAGCAAGUGUUGUAAAGUGACGUCAGUCACAAUCAAACUGCCUCGCAAGCGCUGGCGGCGCGUGCGGUUUCUUCUACUAUCGUUUCCCUUGCCCUCCCUUCCCCCUUUCAUUUUCGUAUAUAUACGUUCCCUGGCGGAAGCAAUAAACAUUCAUGUUCCAACCUUCCAACUGAGUGCUGUCGUAUUCGGCAUACACGGCACGUGUGCCGCAACUAUGCAACAGUGGCAACGAGGCCAGGUAGAACCCUCGAAGUGAAGGAUGAAGUAAGCCAGGCAGUCAAGUUGGAAACAAGGGAAACAGCGGCCGCGAGUAUACCGACCAUGGCUCUUCACCAGCUGCCAGAGUACGACGACCAGUGUGACUGGAAGGCCUACAUCACGAAGGCAGAAGCUUAUUUCGAGGCAACUGGCGUCAGUGACUCGGGAAAGAAGAGGGCGUUGCUGGUAGCUGCAUUAAGUACGCGCACCGUGCAAGUGCUCGCAGGACAGGUUGCACCGAGGAAGCCUAACUCGCUGACGUACGAGGAAGCAGUCAAAGUUUUGGAUGACUACUUCGACCCCAAGCGUCAUGAGAUAACGGAGAGCUUCCGGUUCUUCAAUCGCUGCCAGUUGGAAGGUGAGCCCAUUCAACAGUUCAUCGUUGAAAUUCGCCGAAUUGCGGAUGGCUGUAAUUUCGGUGACAUGUUAGAUCGGAUGCUUCGCGACAGGAUCGUUUGUGGAGUCAGGUCAAACGCUUUGCAGAAGCAGCUACUAGCGAAAACGGAGUUAACGUUGAGGGAGGCCGAAGCAAUUGCCAUAUCGGCAGAAGCAGCUGAAAAGGAUACAAAGCAGAUGUCUGCCGACCUUGUUCCCUUGCUCAAGGUUCAUGCAGGCCAAGCGCAUGCUGAUGAGUCGGUGUUAGAAUGUGGGCGUUGCGGAAGCAAGAAACACAACAGGAACGCUUGCGGCUGGGCGAAAGCUAGGUGUUACCGCUGCCGUGGAUACGGCCAUCUGGCCAAGAUGUGCCAAAGCGACGUGCGAAAAGGACGCUUAAAGGCACGUUCACAAUGCAGACAAGGAGAAGCUUUCGCAGUAACAGCGGAUGUAAAAAGGGAAAAAGUAGACGAUGACGAUGCGCACAUUUGGACAUUAACCGCGCCAUCGAAAGGUCAGCUGUCACCUCCUAUUCGUCGUACUUUCACAUGGUGUGGCAUUGACGUACCCAUGAUUGUGGACACCGGUUCACCCGUCAGUGUCGUGUCCAGAGAGCUGUUUGAGAAAAACCGUGAACAGUGGCCGCCAUUAACACCCGCAUGCAUCAAACUGUCCUGUUAUCUUGGAGAGCUGCCAGUAUUGGGGAAAUUGAGUAUGCCGGUGUUCUACAACGACAAGGAGGUCAAGAGUUCUUUGAUAGUCCUGAACUGUUCAGGUCCGAGCCUCUGCGGACGAGAUUUGAUUGCCAAGUUCAGCGAUGCAGGAUCCUCGGUACUCAACGUAUCAGUGCAACAAGGUCCUGGUCCAGGAAGCAGCCGUACCCCAACCAUGGAUGCUGUCCUGUCAGAGUUCCAAGACGUCUUCAGCACCGAGCUGGGUCUAAUCGACGGGCACCCUGUCCAUUUGAAGCUCAAGGAAGGAGCCACGCCGAAGUUUUGUAAGGCCCGUUCCCUUCCGUUUGCUAUACGCGACAAAGUUUCAAAAGAAAUUGAUAGGCUCGUAAAGCUUGGAAUACUGUCACCUGUAACGUACGCCGAGUGGGCUACCCCCAUUGUGCCUGUCAUGAAGAAAGACGGCACGGUUAGAAUCUGUGUCGAUUUCAAGGUAACAUUGAAUCCCGUCUGUGAACUGGAGCAGUACCCGUUGCCAGUCAUUGAUGACAUUUUCGCAUGCCUGAACGGGGGGGACUGCUUCAGUACGCUGGAUUUACGAGACGCCUAUAACCAGGUUCCCCUCGACGAGGACACAAGGAAGUUGUGCGUAAUUAAUACACACCGUGGUUUGUUCUGUUACAACCGACUGCCGUUCGGCAUAGCUUCUGCGCCUGCUAUUUUUCAGCGGAAGAUAGAUACAGUUCUGCAGGGUUUGACAGGUGUUCAAGCUUACCUCGACGACGUUUUGGUAUCGGAAAAGCAUGGCAGCGCCGGCAAGUUACGAGAAGUACUGCAGCGUUUUCGUGAGCACGGAGUGAAGCUCAGACUUGAGAAAUGUAGCUUUCGUCAAGAGGCAGUGACGUAUCUGGGUCAUAAAAUCGAUCGUGAAGGUCUGCAUCCAAUCGAGAAGCAUGUUGAAGCAAUCGCGCAAGCCCCCAACCCCCAAAAUGUUCAGCAGCUGCGGUCGUUUCUGGGCAUGAUUACGUUUUAUUCGAAGUUCGUGCCUAACAUGUCUUCCUUACUUGCACCGCUGUACAAGUUAUUGGAGAACAACACGCGUUGGUUCUGGGGACAUGCGCAAGAAACAGCAUUUAGUGAUGCAAAACAAUGCCUUCGGGAAGCGGCAGUGCUGGCUCACUAUGAUCCCGAGAAACCCCUCAAGCUAGAGUGUGACGCCUCACAGGACGGAAUAGGUGCCGUGCUUUUCCAUACAUUCGGAAAGACCAAUAAACCCGUUGGUUUCCGUUCUAGAACGUUAACCAGGGCUGAGAAGAACUACUCUCAGCUUGAGAGAGAAGCCCUUGCUCUUGUAUUUGGAGUGUCCAAAUUCCGUGAUUAUCUCAUAGGCCGAGAAUUCGUGUUGGUCACCGACCACCAGCCGCUCCUGGGCCUGCUGAAGGCGGACCGACCAACUCCUGCAUUGGCAGCCGCUAGAAUACAGCGCUGGGCACUGUACCUGGGCGGAUUCCGCUAUCAGCUUCAAUACUGUCCUGGUAAGCAACUCCUCAACGCUGACGCUCUUAGUAGACUGCCGCAACGUACAUCUGAGCCGAAACUACCAGAAGGAGAUCCACCAGACUAUCUGCUAGCCUUGGCUGGGUUCGACGAGGGAACUGUGUCGGUUGAGGAGCUAAGGCAGUUGACUGCAGAUGACCCUUCUCUGAGUCAAGUUAUGCGAUUCACUAAGAACGGUUGGCCCUCCUGCGCAAAAAGCCUCAACACGAAUAUCGCACCAUUUUUUGACAAGAAAUUGGAGCUGUCUUUGGCUCACGGGUUGUUGUACUGGGGCCGUCGAGUAGUUGUUCCGACGAAGGCGCGACGUCGCGUCUUAUACCUUUUGCAUGAGACGCACCAAGGAUCGUCCGCUAUGAAGGCGGUCGCCAGAUCGUCAUUCUGGUGGCCAGGUUUAGAUCACGACAUAGAAAGAGUGGCAGCAUCAUGUCAGAACUGUGUUCAAAACCUGCCCAUGCCGGCUACAGCAACGCCAAAGAGCUGGCCCGUUACUGAUGAAAAAUGGGCAAGGGUUCAUAUCGAUUUUGCUGGUCCUAUUUCAGGGAACAUGAUACUCGUUAUCGUGGAUGCAUACAGCAAGUGGAUUGAAGCUGUGCCACUCCGACAAGCCAACGCUUCGUGCACUAUCAACUGCCUGCGCGCUAUCUUCUGCAGAUUUGGCGUGCCGCGAACCAUCGUCUCGGAUAAUGGAGCGCAGUUUACCGGUGACGAGUUCGCUACUUUUGUCAGGAAGAACAACAUAACGCAUCUGCGCACAGCCGUAUAUCACCCCCAGUCAAACGGUCUAGCAGAAAGGGCAGUCAGAACAAUUAAGGACGGCCUCAAGAAGAUUGGUGAGGGGCGGUUGGAUGAUAAGCUGAACAGACUGCUUUUCAACUACAGGAGGACACCUAACCACUCAGGAAAAUCACCGUCAGAGCUGCUCUUCGGAUAUCAAAUUCGAUCCCGGUUAGAUACAUGUUUUCCUCCUGUACACGCAGGGCCAGCCAACGAACCAGACGAUUGGCAACUGUCAUCACCUGAAGCUGACGUGUACGCCCGCAACUUCGGAACGGGAGAAAAAUGGACGCCAGGAAUUGUACAGUCCAAAAUAGGUUCUCGGAUGGUUGCCAUACGAACGCCGGCCGGAUCAGUACGACGACAUGUUGACCAGGUGCGGAAGCGGGAAAAUUCGCCGCCACCGCUUGGUACAGAUCAAGAAGCGGGAAAUCAAGCAUCAAGAACAGGUACUCCUAGUGACUACCCACAAUCGCCGAGACCGUCAGCUGAACAAGGGGGCAUACCCGAACCAGACCAUGAAAUCCAACCGGAACUCGCAGCGAGCAACGCUGCCACGGAUGAACCCGACAGCCCACCCCAAGCUUUGCGGCGCUCUACACGUCAAAGAAAACCAGUACAGCGACUCCAGUAUUAAGGGAAGAGAGAUGUUGUAAAGUGACGUCAGUCACAAUCAAACUGCCUCGCAAGCGCUGGCGGCGCGUGCGGGGCAGAUGCAACUUUUUAGAAGGUUCUUUAGGAUAUUCUAUAACCUUGUUGAUAAUGAAAUAAAUCCUGAUCUAUAUCAUAUAGCAAGCACUUUGUUAAACAAUAAUCAUUAUUUGUCCGAAAUAAGAACAGAAUGGCUUCACUGAGCAAUGAGUUUUGCCAGCACACUCCCAGUUCGGCGAUUUUUGUGCACCAUUUAUGCAGCCAUAGUGGCACUGCAGACUAGCUACAAACUAAGCAAGCCAAAUACCAUGCUUGCAUAACUAUCAUUGCCAUACUGUGUGAAACACUACUGCCAAGAAACCUUGUAGUUCCAUAUUUCCAAG